AUGUACAAUUUAUUACAGGCUGCCUCCUGUCCACUGAUGGAGGGGCUGUUCCUGCAGGACGAGGACAGUAUGUUACAUCUGCUGUGUUCUCCCUCACAGUAUCGCACAGACAUACUCGCAUGGAUCUGUAAAAGUAUAAAUCCAAACUUUCUGAGUUGUAAAUCCUCUUCAGUAAAUCCUAAAGACCCUGACACAUUGACAAUUGAAAUAGCUUUAUUUGGACAAGAGCUCAUGUUGUGUAAAGCUACAGACUUGGAUCUUAUCAGGGGUUUGCAGAGCCCAGAGCGACAACUGGCCUUCCUGAAGCAGCUCCUCUCUCUAUUGCCUUGUCCUCCCUGCCCCAAGGCAGAGGUCAGAUGUGACGAGGAGUUUCUGCUGAAUGAGCUGUUCUCUCCAGAAACCCUGCCUCAGCUCACGCUGAUGCUGCACCCCACGGCCAACCCCUGGCCAGCACAUGUCACGUACACAUCACUGAGUUUGCAAAAAGGAUGUAGGCCUCAGAGAUGGUCCAAAGAUGACCAUGUGGAUUUGGAGUCUCUUCUGCUCUCCACUCAAACGGCAUUAGAGCAACUGCAAAGCCAGUGUGAGUUUCUGAAAUCCCCCCAGAGCUCCGGCCCCUUCUGCUCCAGUGCCUUGAGAGUGGCAGCACUGGACCUUCAACAGAUGAUGUCUGCGUUCAGCCACAUUUACCACACAGACCUUAAGUCCUACUGUAACAGAGCGCCCCCUGCAUUCAGCCCAGAGAGCAGCGUCUUCAAGAGGGUCCAUGAGCUUAUGACGAAAUGCAACACAGAGUUGGAAAUCCUACAUGAACUGUCAGAGACGUCUGGUGUCAUGACAGAAGAAGUGCGCCGCCUACGGACUGAGCCGCGCUACUGGAACAAAGGGGAAAAGCACACACUGCCGGAGCAGUUGGAGGAGUUGACGAGGCGCUAUCGGGAGUUUUUGACACUGCUUAAUACUUAA